AUGACAACCUCAGAAGACUCGACUAUUGUUCUUGUCCAAGAAGCGGUGUCGGAUAAAAAUAAAACUCCAUUUAAAAAGAAUGUUACCAAGGUUAAUUCUGAACAAGACGAGGAAGAUGAACUUAUACGCGAAAACGAAUAUGUCUUUAUACAAAUGCCAAGUGGUAACAUUAAAGUUGUAAAAUUACAAAAGGAUACUACGGUAUCACUUGGGAAAUUUGGCACUUUUCACUCGAACGACAUAAUAGGUCGCCAUUUCGGUCACUCUUAUGAAAUAUAUGAGGGUGAUAAAGUAAAGGUUAUUAGGAACAUUGCUUAUACUAAAGUUGAUGAGACGGACGCGAAUAAUCGCGAUAUCAUGGAUGAUCCGUCAAAACAAAAAUUAUCAUAUACUGAUAUUGAGAAAUUAAAGAAAGAAGGGAUGGAGGGUCAAAAAUCAAUUUUUAUUUAUUCUAGAUUCUCUAGAAUUUUUACCCCGUUAAAACCUACGCUUUAUUCUGUUUGGGAAUACUUUUUUAGAAAAAAUCCUGGGAAAAUAAGGGAAAUGCGAAUAGAUACACUUUCACAAAUUCUUAGUUUAGCAAAUGUCCAUGCAAAUCUUAAAAUUUUAGUGGUGGAUGAUACACAAGGUCUCGUGAUAUCAGGAGUAAUGGAAAGGCUUGGCGGUUACGGAAUCGUGCUUGGAAUACACGAUAAUGAAAAUCACAAUUACGAUAUAGUUCGAUACAUGAACUUUUCGACGAAGGCUAAUGAUUCACUUAGAGUUCUCUCAUGGCAACAAGUUCUUGAGAAAGAUGAAGUUCCUUUUAACGAGGUUGACGAAACAACACUAUCCGAAAAUGAUCGGAAAGGGUAUAAUCGACGAAAAGCCGUAUAUAAUAAAUUAAAAGAGACGAAACAACUAUUGCUUAAUGGAGAAUUUGAUGGUCAAUAUCAACCAGAGUCUAUAUUAGAAACUUUGGUGCAGUAUGUUGCAGGAUCAAGACCUAUCGUUAUUUAUCAUAUCAAUAAAGAGGUAUUAGUGAAUACAUGUGUACAAAUGCGACUAGCCAAACACUAUUUAAACCCUCAAAUUACUGAAAGCUGGUUACGUGAUUACCAAGUAUUACCUGGCAGAACACACCCAGAAAUGUCAACGACUGGAGGCGGUGGAUAUAUUCUUUCAACUACUCGAAUUAUAAUAGAUCAAAGCCUACCAAGCUCAUCAACUUUUACAAAUAACACCAAUGAUACAAAUGAUAAUGACAAUAAUAAUGAGGCGGAAGGAAACAAUAUAAAAGUAGAAAAAACAAAAAUAGACACUACUACAAAUAAUCAUAAUAGUAGCAGUAAUGUAAUAAUAGAGAAAAAUAUUAAUACAGGUGACCCACGCCCGUUUUCCGGACCCGCCCAAGCCCCGAGGACCAACCCCCAAGGGACUUUACCCGAAGGUAAACAGGCUGCUCCUUCCAAUCGCACAUCCGCCGUCGGGAACAACAUCCCGAACACAAGGAAUUUUGCCCGAAGGCAAAGCAAACAUGCGCAAGGGAGUGGUAAAAUGCUCUCCCCGCAUCCACCGCCGUGUGCUUCCCAUGAAGCCGACCGAAAAGAUUAA